CCUUCGAGUGGACGUAAAAACUCAAUGAGCAUACCACCGGAUGGUCGUGGUGUUGAGAUUAUGAAAGAGUUCGAACAGCAGGACAUGAAAUACGACAGCACUGGAAUGUUCCACUGGUGUCCUCCGAGAACGCUCGAAGAAUGUGUUCUUGAUAGGCAUCAAGCGGCGAUGACCGUUCUAAACGGACACGUGGUUGUGUGCUUGUUCGCUGAUCGUGAUUCACCACUUAUUGGAUUGCGCAAUUUUGUGAUGCCUUUGCGAGCUUCCAAUUUUCACUACCAUGAACUGAAACACGUCGUUAUUGUGGGUGAUGUGGACUACUUGCGAAGAGAAUGGAAGACGCUUUAUAAUCUACCAAAAAUUUCGAUUCUUAACCACUAUUGGACGGAACUGAAUAGGGAUUCUGAAUUUCAGUUCGAUGAUACCCUUGGUUUCUAUCCGAUUCGACAGAAAGGUGGUGGAAUAUCUCCUUUGGGUAGUCCGCUUUCAUUGCAGAAAAAAGGCGCACGUUUUGGCACGAACGUGCCAAUGAUCACUGAACUUGUGAAUGAUUCGAAUGUGCAAUUUUUGGAUCAAGAUGACGACGACGAUCCAGACACGGAACUCUACUUGACGCAACCGUUUGCGUGUGGUACUGCCUUUGCGAUAUCAGUUCUUGAUUCACUGAUGAGCACGGUUAAUUUUCGUUCUCAAUCUUUUAUUCGUUUCGAACAAUGUGCGAUGCGUUAUCUCAGACCAUAA